AUGUUCCAUUUCAACUCUAUUCGUUAUUUGUUUUCUAUUAUCAUCAUUUUCAAUGAACAUCUGCUUCCGUUAUGUUCUGGCAACACGAAUUCAUUUGGUAGCAAUCGCAUUCAAUAUCGACAACGUCGUAGUCUAUGGAACUUCUUCAGCGACACAAAUGAGCAUCGGCAUCAAACGGGAAAUAACAGUCCAAUAUUCAAUGUUGCCAGUGGAAAUGAUGCCUCGUCGACGACAAAAACAGUAGCCGAUUCUUGGCUGAAAAUGGUCAAAGAACAAUCUGGUCGUAUAAUGGAAGGUGCCACCGAUGUUGCCUUGACACCAGUACAUUGGAUGCAAAAUAUCAGCAGCUAUUGGCCUAUUUACGUUAUUUGUGCAACGAUUAUUCUCAUAUUGGGCACCUAUAUCUACUGUGUUUGCCAGAAUAAAAUGGCUAAUUUAAUGUUUUGGAAUAGUGCGCAAUAUCAUCGACCAGCACAAAACAAUAAUCUUUCACAAUUUUCUAAUCCAGAGAAGGGUAUUAUGAUGUUAAGUCCAUAG